AUGACUAUCAUCACUUGCCCUCUCCUUCAGCCCGUCGGUCUUGAUCUUCAUUUUGUCAAAGGGGGUACUAUUGAAGGAGAUCUUGCUCUUGUUCACCCAGCUCUGAUAAUGGUUGACACUUCGACCAUUCUUCCCAGUACUACUGCUCUCAAACCUUUAUCAUCUCUUCAUAACAUAUCUGACCUACUGGUGGAUGCUUCAACAGUGAAACUUUUGGUCCAUGAAGCACAAGCGUCUCCUCAGUCCUUGACAUCCUCUUCUGCAGCCAACUCUUACUACUCUGCCUCGGGUGAUGAGGAUCUUGACAUCACUCCACCAGGGGAUGAUGUGCUGGUUAGUGACAUGUUUACAGCAACACUAAAAAUAUCAUCAUCUUCUUCCACAGCUUCCAAAACUCUUAUAAACAGUAUGCUACGGGACCCUUCACAGAUUCCAGAUGGAGUUCUAGCAAACCAGGUCUAUCAGUGUACUGUGAAUGACUAUUGUUAUGGACCACUGGUGGACUGCAUCAAACAUGCUAUUGGACAUGAACAUGAAGUCUUACUACAAGAAAUGCUUUUGGAGAAAAACAUAUCUUUCUUAACUGAAGAUCAGCUACGCGCAAAGGGUUAUGACAAAACACCAGACUUCAUAUUAGAAGUGCCAGUUGCUGUAGAAGGACAUACCAUUCAUUGGAUCGAAAGCAAAGCCUCAUUUGGCGAUGAAUGCAGCCACCAGGCCUACCUUCACGAUCAGUUCUGGAGCUACUGGAACAGAUUUGGUCCUGGACUAGUUAUCUACUGGUACGGAUUUAUUGAAGAGCUGGAUUGUCAUCGCAAUCGGGGUAUCCUGCUCAAAGAUUGCUUUCCUACAGAUAUAGUUACUCUUUGAGACAGCAUGGCUGAGCAACAAGGGUGGAGAAAAGCUGAGAGGAAAAGGCGAAUCCGGAAGCAGUGUAACUUCCCUGCAGUAUAAACUACUGGCAACAUCUUCCCUGAACUUCAAUUGAACUUUUGCUGCCCAGGAUCACACUACUAUUGCUUUAGACAAACACAUGAAGGGUUUCUGUUUUACCUCAACCCUCUGCUGAUGCAAGCAGCCAAAAAAUACAGACACAGCCCAAACAUUAUCAGCAUUUCUGUCUCUGUCAAACAGUUUAUAGAUUGCCAUAAUCUUUCUUCCUUCCGGAUGGCUUCUCCUUGCACUUUGAACAAAAGAAGAAAUGUGGAGGCUAAAAGGUGUGGCUUUCAGUUUUCCUCUCUGGUGUGAAGUCACCUUUAAAAUAUGCCUUCUGUCAUACAAAACCUUCUUCUGGUAAAUGUUAAAUAUCCUGCCCAACACUCAAAUAAGAAAAUUAGUUAAUACUGCAUCUCUGUUCUUAAUGCUUAAAUUGUACGGAUCUCAUA